CUUACUUCAUGAUCGGGUUUAAAGCUACAGUGGAGGCCUUCUUCCUGUUCAUGUUGACCGUAGCUCUGGUUGCCUAUACAGCUACUGCUAUGACCAUGGCUAUAUCAGCUGACCAGAGUGUUGUGGCGAUCGCCAACAUCUUCAUGACCAUAGCCUUCGUCUUCAUGAUGAUCUUCUCAGGCCUGUUGGUGAACCUGCCCAGUAUUGUUGAGUGGCUAGCCUGGUUCCAGUACCUCAGCAUCCCUCGGUACGGACUAACAGCUCUCCAAAUUAAUGAGUUUGUAGGUCUCCAGUUCUGUGGAGACAUUCCCCUCAACGGCACCUUGCCCCCUGGUAUGACAUGCACGGGGGAAGACUUUCUGAAGAACCAGGGGAUCGACUACACCACGUGGGGGCUGUGGCAGAAUCACGUUGCCCUGGCGAUCAUGAUCGUAAUCUUCCUGGCGAUCGCGUACUUCAAACUACGCUUCACUAAGAAGUUCACAUAGAGGUCAGGGGUCACGGGUUAAGCCUAUUGUACACCUUCCCGUUCCUUGCUCUCUUGCUCCUUGCCCUUGGCUCAAACCAAAUGCUGCAAUAUCCAACUUCCACUUCUGUCCGCAUGGGACUCUGAAAUGUCAACAUGGGACUCUGA